AUGCAAGCCACAGAAACAAGCAACUUGCACCCUGCAACGGGAAGUCCAGCUCAGAUUGACAGCUCCAGCUCAUGGGCUGGCCUGGCCGGUAGUGGGCUCCAGUACAGAGAGGAGGCGACUCUGCUGAAAUCAGUCAACAAAAUCAUCUCCACAACAAUUCAGUACUGGAGCCCAAAGGCCCUGUACACGGCAGUGUCGCUGGGAGUGCCUGACGCGCUGGCUGCAGCUGGGGGGCCACAAACAGCCGCCGAAAUUGCACGAAGAGUUGGUGCAAAAGAGGCUUCCCUCCUACAACGCCUGCUGCGAGCGCUGGCCGCAAACGGAUUUUUCACCGAGUCAGAGGACGAGGAUCCGCGGUAUGGACUUAACGAAACCAGCAACCUGCUGACCAGCCAAGGCCCCUUUGCAGGGUUUGUUCUUCAUGAGUGCGAGCCCGCUUCCUGGUUGGCAUGGGACAAGUUGACGGAAGCCAUACAGAACGGAGUCCACGAGGGCACGUACCCGUUCGAGCUGGCCACAGGGGGCAAAAGCUUCUUUGGCUACUACAAGGAACACAAGGAGUCCGCCAAGUGGUUCAACGACGCUAUGCAGACAUGGUCGCUCGUUCAGGGCCACGCUUUGCUGGAGCAUUACGCCGGUUUCAAGUCCCUGACCGGUACGCUCGUCGACGUGGGCGGCAACCGGGGGGUCAUGCUGUCCAAGAUCCUGGCGCAGAACCCCAACAUAAACGGGGGGGUCGUCUUCGACUUGCCACACGUACUGAAGCAGGAGGGGGUGGUGCGGCAGCCCAACGUUCGGCUCGUCGGGGGGGACAUGUUUAAGGAGGUCCCGAAGGCGGACGCGAUCUUCAUGAAAAUGAUCUGCCACGACUGGGACGAUGAGGCCUGCAUCAAGCUCCUGCGAAACUGCCACAACGCUCUUCCGGUCGGGGGGAAGCUUCUGGUGGUGGAAGUGGUUGUGGCUAACCCGGGGCAAACCGGGAAAGAAACCCUGUACAGCAAGGAGUUUGACUUGCACAUGCUGGCGCUCCUGGGGGGGGGCAAGGAGCGGACGGAACGGCAAUGGCGGAAUCUGCUCGAGGGGGGGGGCUUUGAAGUCGUGGGGAUGACCCCCUGCCCGAGCGUGGCGUUACAACACGUGAUUGAGGGGGUCAAGAAGUAA